AUGCGAGGAAUCUUGAGGAAGAUGGCUCCAGAAAACGCUCACUCCUACGAUGACAUUAUAAAAGUCACCCAAGAGGUUCAACCUCCCAUGAUUGCCCCGCAUCGUUCGCACGACCCCUCCAACAAUCUCAAACGCAGUGAUCCCUUUCAAUUCGGCUCUCGCUACCUGGAACAAGGCGAUGACGUCUUCGAGUUCAAUGCCUGGGAUCACGUCGAACCCGACGACGAAUUCUUAGCCUUCGCAGAAGUCCAAUACGCCAAACAGCGCGACUCGCCCGCAUCGGACUUCGACAAGUUCCGUUUCAACGCAGACCCCGCCAAAUGGUGGAACCUGUUUUAUAAGAACAACACAGCGAACUUUUUCAAGGAUCGCAAGUGGCUGCAGCAGGAGUUCCCUAUCUUAGAAGAGGUCACCCGUCCCGAUGCAGGAAAGAAGGUCGUUCUGGAGGUGGGCGCAGGCGCAGGAAACACAGCAUUCCCGUUGAUCAACAACAAUGCGAACGAGGAACUCAUGGUCCAUGCGUGCGACUUUUCGAAAUAUGCCGUCAAGGUUAUACGGGAGAGCGAGCACUAUAACCCGAAGCACAUCACUGCGGACGUUUGGGAUGUCGCUGCCGAACCCGAUGAGAACAACGACUCCCUUCCUCCAGGGCUGACGGAGGAAUCAGUUGAUGUCGUGGUUUUGAUCUUCAUUUUCUCCGCCCUCAACCCGAACCAAUGGGAAAAGGCCCUGCGCAAUAUCUACCGGGUCCUGAAGCCCGGUGGUAAGGUCUUGUUCCGUGACUAUGGGCGAGGAGACUUGGCUCAGGUUCGAUUUAAGAAGGGUCGGUAUUUGGAUGAGAACUUCUACGUACGUGGAGAUGGCACUCGUGUGUUCUUCUUUGAUAGAGACGAGCUGGAAGAAAUGUGGGGUCGGUGGACACCCGAGAAGGGUCUCCCAGAGAAGCCCGAAGGUGAAAAGCCCGUUACCGGCGAGAACGACGGUGCCUUCAAAAUACACGCUUUAGCAUAUGACCGGCGGUUGGUGGUCAACCGCCAGAAGAAACUAAAGAUGUACCGUUGCUGGAUCCAGGGCCAUUUCGAAAAGCGUGAGAAGGCUGUUGCAGAGAACGGCGAAAAGAGCGAUUCGUGA